GUUGUGGAACCAGAAUUCGGGGUGCACAACGCGUACUGCACGGAAGCCUGGCCUAGUCACGUGAUGCGCCAAGUGUAUGACGUGUCGUUCCUUGUGUGCAUUUACUGGGUACCUGGCAGCGCUAUCGUGGUCCUGUACACCCUCAUGGGCUGUCGCUUGUGGGCGAGGGACAGCCAUCUGCACCGACAG